AAAAGGCGACGUUUGCAAAGAGGACGCACUACACUACACUGGUUGGGUUCCGAAGUGACUGGAAAAUGGAUGAGUCAGGGUGAAAGAGAAGGAAACGCCGGUGACGGGAACAGAUAAUAGACCAAUUAAAGAAGAGUAUUUAGGACUGUGAUCAACGCCGGAGAGAUACGAUCUUGCUUUUUGGGUCUGAUAUUUUUCUCCACCUGAUAAAGGUGUAUCUUUCUCCAGGAUGCUUCCAUGAAGCAGAAUCUUGAAAGAAGACAGGCUCUCCAAUUCUUCAGCCUUGUUAAGAAAGGACAAAAGAACGAGGUAACUCUGUCUUGGUCCUUUAACUAACCCGCUUCCUUGCCUUUCUCCAGGGUUCAAAAAGUAGCGGAGAAUCUGUGUUAUACGUAGCUCUUCGUUUUCUUGUGUCACAGAUUCCUUCUAUUCACCUUGUUUCAGUGGAAGUUAUCGAGUUUUGAGGUUUUCUUUAAGUUUAUUUCUCUGGGUUGUCUAUUCUCAGUGUGUUGUCAGUUCGUGUAUUGGUUUUAGUUUCUGGUUGUGGAUGAUGGAAUGUUUUUGAUGUCUUGUUCUCUUUAAAUUUGAUUCCAUUUAAUCUGUGAAUUAGGUGUUAAGGUUUAGGAAAAGCUGUUGCUCCUUUCUUUCUUUCUUUCUUUUCUCUUUUUUUUUUUGUGGGUGGUUUUUAAUUUGAAGCUAACAGAGGUUCAAGGUUCCUGUGAAAUUCUUUUUAAUAGGGUUUGGAGUCUUGGAAGGUUAAUUAGAAAAGUAGAAAUCCAAUAUGGAUCCCCAGUUUAAUGGAUACUUCAAUUCCAUGGAGGGUUUCACAUUUGACAGUGAAACUGUUCUUAAGUACAUAAGCGAGGUGCUUAUGGAUGAGGACAUUGAAGAGAAACCCUGUAUGUUUCAUGAUGCUUUGGCCCUUCAAGCAGCUGAGAAAUCAUUAUAUGAAGUAAUCGGUGAGAAGUACCCACCUUCGCCUGAUCAACCCCAUAUUUACGGCAAUCAAACCGUUGAUAGCCCAGAUGACUGUUAUUCCAGUGGUUUCAGUGAUUCUAGUACCAACUGUCAUUCUAGUCCUAGCACUAGCACUUCCUUCGAUUCCCAAUCGACAGGUAAUCUUGUCGAGCAUCAGCCAUCCUGGUUACAAACACCAGUUCCUCCUAACUUUGUAUUUGGGUCCGCUGCUAACUCUAGUCAAGAGUCAUCGUUCAACUCUGCUGAUAAUGUUUCUUAUCAUGGUAAUGGGUUGGUGGCAUCGUCUGUGAAUGAGCUUUUGGAUAAAAAUUUGUUUAAUGAGAGUGACUCAAUGUUGCAGUUCCAAAGGGGGGUAGAGGAAGGUAGUAAGUUCCUUCCUAAAGGUAAUCAGCUGAUUAUUGACUUGGAGGGCUACAGACCAGCAGCAGAGUCAAAGGACAAGGCUCCAAACGUGGUAAUCGAGACAGAACAAUACGAAAGGGAGCUGUCACCUAAUCAGGUGAUAGGAAAGAAGAGUCAUGAGCGAGAAGAUGAAGAUCUUGAAGAUGGGCGGAGCAGCAAACAGUCAGCUGUUUAUGCAGAUGAGAGUGAGCUAUCAGAGAUGUUUGAUAAGUUGUUGCUUUUUGGUGGUGGAAAUGAGCAGCCUAGAGCGUGCUUUCUUCAUUACUCCCCAAAUCAAGGAGUUCCGAAGACUCUGGUGCAGAAUGACUCGAGCAAGACAUUGCAGAAGAAUGGACUGACAAAUGGAUCUGGUGGUGGAAAAUCUCGAGGUAAGAAAUCAGGAAGGAACGAGGAGGUUGUGGAUUUGAGGACUCUGCUGAUUUUGUGUUCCCAUGCUGUGGCUGCUAAUGAUCGCAGGGCUGCAAAUGAACUACUAAAACAGAUUAGCCAGCAUUCUUCAUCUGUUGGUGAUGGAUCCCAGAGGCUCGCUCACUAUUUCGCUAAUAGUCUUGAGGCACGAUUGGCCGGCACUGGAACUCAGAUUUACACUGCUCUUUCUUCCAAAAGAAAUUCGGCUGUUCUUAUGUUGAAAGCUUACCAGACAUAUAUAUCAAGCUGUCCAUUUAUGAAGAUUGCAAUUAUAUUUGCAAACCAUACUAUUUUGUCCGCAGCUGAGAAAGCAACAACUCUUCAUAUCAUUGACUUUGGAAUCUCUUAUGGUUAUAAGUGGCCUGCCCUCAUCCAUCGCCUCUCAAUGAGACCGGGGGGACCUCCCAAACUACGGAUAACGGGGAUAGAGCUUCCACAAAGUGGUUUCUGGCCAGCGAAAGGAGUACAGGAGACAGGGCGUCGCUGAAAAUAUUGUGAGCGUUUUAAUGUUCCAUUCGAAUACACUGCCAUUGCAAAAUGGGAAACCAUCAUCAAUGACCUGAAGCUUAAUCCUGAUGAUUUUGUUGCUGUAAAUUGUCUGUUCGGGUUCAGGAACUUGCUUGAUGAGACAGUGGCGUUGGAUAGUCCAAGGAAUGCUGUUCUAAACUUAAUUAGGAAGAUAAGUCCAAACAUUUUUAUCCAAGCUAUUGUUAAUGGAUCCUAUAAUACCCCCUUCUUUGUCACACGUUUCAAGGAGGCACUCUCUUACUACUCUGUACUGUUUGAUAUGUGUGAUACUAAUAUGCCUCGUGAAGAUGAGAUGAGGUUGAUGUUUGAGAAAGAGUUCUAUGGGCGGGAGAUUAUGAAUGUAAUAGCAUGCGAAGGAAAUGGGAGGGUUGAGAGACCCGAGACAUACAAGCAGUGGCAGGGUCGGAAUUUACGAGCUGGAUUUAGACAGCUGACUUUGGACCCUGAACUGAUGAGGAAAUUUAAAUGCAAGGUGAAAGACGGUUACCACAAUGAUUUUAUGGUGGAUGAAGAUGGUGGAUGGAUGCUGCAGGGUUGGAAGGGACGUGUUGUCUGUGCUUCCUCUGCUUGGAUACCUGCAUAGCAUCGGAACUUUAAAAAUCAACAAGGGCCAUGUUGGUUUUAGAUGGAGAGGAAGAGAAAAAAAAGGGAUUUUGUUUCUUGAAAGACAUUCGUUGUAUACAGCAUCAUCUUGAGUUGACACAGGUGAAGCUUCAAUGAUGCAGACGCAGAAACAUUUAGCCAAACACACCCUUAGCCACAUAUGACUGUUUAUGCAUUGCUGCUGUUGGUUUCUCCCCCACAUACUCCUCUCCAAACAAUACUUAAUUGCACAUGCUUUUCUUUCUUUAUAGGUGGGGAUAUUAGUUUUUAGUAAUCUAACCGAGAGAGCAGUCUGGGACUUGGAAGCUGUUCAGAUCUGCAAGUUCUCUGGAGACUUUUUAAUCGCUGCAAUAGAGCACCCAACUCGAUUUCAAUGAAAGCAUAUUCUCCGCAUCAUCUGGGUUCUCCAACAUGCUUUCAUUUGCCUGAUCACAACACUAUUAUGUGAUGUAACUUUGAGAUCAAAGCAAAUUACUUCUUCAUUUGUAUGCAAUAAGAGUUUACAUUUGUGUCCUCCACAAGUUCUUGUUGAACUGUAAUACCUAGAUUUUGAAGCGUCAAUGAUGCAGAAACAUUUUGGUUUUGCCUCUGUUUAUGCAUUGCUGCUGUUGGUUUCUCGCUUUA